AUGAAUGCAGAAUUGUUAGAGAAAAGUAUUGGAGUACCAGUUCCCGAAGAGUUAGACGGCACACUAGAUUUACAAAAUGGACUGGCCAAUUGUUGUAAGUUUAAUAGAUGGGGAGCUCUGGUAGCGGUUGGGAGUACUGAUGGCAAAGUGUUUAUUUUUGAUUUUGUCACAAGAGGGAUUGUCAGGUCAUGGCCUGCUCAUCCUCAUCCCAUCAGUUCUCUAUCAUGGUCGAGGAAUGGGCGACACCUGAUGACUUCAUCGUCCGACACCACUGUAGCUAUUUGGGAUGUUUUACAAGGCACUAUAAUUCAAAGAUAUAAAUUUGGUUCCAUGGUGACGAGUGCGACAUUUAGUCCACGGAAUUCGAAUCAAUUCCUAAUUUUGCAAGUUGCGUGUCCACCUUCUGUCGAAACUAUCAGUCCUCGAAGUUCAAAGGCAUUUUUCAUAUUUGUUUUUUUAAAGCUAACGUUCAUCAUGCAGGUGUUGACCAAUGAAAUCCCAGGAUCCAUAGAGGAUAAUAUGUCAGCCGUAUCAUAUGAUAAGAGAUCGAAGUAUAUAAUAGCAGGAACGACGAAAGGAAAACUGAUUAUCUAUGACGCCAACACUUUGAAAGUUAUCAACUGGUGCAAGCAAAACAGUGUGCAGCAAAUUAGACAAAUCAUCAUUUCGAAACGAGGUGAUUACAUUCUCACUAAUUCUCAGGAUCGUGUCAUUCGCUCCUAUAAUCUUCAAUUCCUGUUGGAUUGUUCCAAGGGGAGUACCAUAGAACCUCAGAACAAAGUUCUGGAUAUUGUAAAUAAGGCUGCUUGGAAAUCCGUUUGUUUGGAUGCUGAUGGUCAUUAUAUUUGUGGAGCUAGUACCAAAGGACACUCGUUAUACCUUUGGGAAAGGACUGGUACCCUUAUAAAAAUUUUACAUGGAACAAAGGGUGAGACAUUACUUGAUGUUCAAUGGCAUCCUACGCGUCCUGUUUUACUUUCCGUAGCUAACGGCAUCAUAUCCGUUUGGACACAAGCUCAUGUAGAAAAUUGGUCUGCGUUUGCUCCAGAUUUCACCGAACUAGAAGAAAAUUGCAAAUAUAUUGAGAAAGAAGGUGAAUUUGACAUGGAAGAUGAAGAUGCUGAGGAAGAAGCAAAAGAUAAAGAAGAGUCAGAAGACGAGGAGAUCGAUGUAGUGGCUAUGAAGCCUGGAGAUAUCCUAUGUAGCUCUGAUGAAGAAUCUGAUAUGGGUACUCUUAUCCCGGAUGUGACCUUGAAAACAGGUCCGUUGUGGUUUGUACCAAUAACUCCUGACAUCGAAAAUCCUGAGCAGCCCGCAGUGGAUAUGUUGCCUAGGCCGGUACAUCCCACUCCAACGGAAGAAGAAUCUUCCCGGAAAAGAGCUUUCCCUGGUGGAAAGCCCGGAUCUAGACCUCGCAAGUCUAAAUAG